AUGAACACUCAAGUGACGUGUCAUGAAGUUCCAAGGGAAGCUCGCUUCGCGCACGUUAAGCCGCGACAGGUUUACCAGCAGGUGCUACUCAAGGUUCACAACAGUGUUUCUGACGAAAGGGAGCGGGACGAAAUGCUUGGUUACUUCGUUACGGGAUGGCUACGAAUCACCGCUCAGCGUUUGCAAGGUAUGCAUUAA